AAUUAAAAUUACCAGUUCACCACCACCAUCCUUCUUAGAUCCAAUUUUUAAUCUUGAAUUCUCUUCAAUUCCAUUCUAAAUGGCCACUGAAGAGCCCACCGUCGCCAUGGAAUCCGCUCCCGAGCCGGCUUCCGAACCGGCCGACGAGAAACCGGCCAGCAAAUCCUCCAAAGCCAAGGCUGCUAAAGAAGCCAAAGCUAAGAAACCAGCUGCUGCUAGGAAGCCUAGAGGCCCUCCCUCUCAUCCUCCUUAUGAAGAGAUGAUCAAGGACGCGAUUGUGACUUUGAAAGAGAAGACUGGUUCCAGUCAGUAUGCGAUUACUAAGUUUAUUGAAGAGAAGCAGAAACAUCUGCCGUCGAACUUUAAGAAGCUUUUGCUUUUUCAUUUGAAGAAGCUUGUGGCUUCUGGAAAGUUCGUGAAGGUAAAAGGCUCGUUUAAGCUUCCGCCAGCUAGGGCCGCCGCUCCUAAGCCGUCUCCGGCGGCUGCUCCGGCGAAGAAGAAGAAGCCGGCUCCUGCUGCCAAAACCAAGGCCAAAACUCCUGCUGCUAAGCCUAAGGAAACCAAGACUACUAAGGCAGCGGCUAAAGCUCCUGCUAAGGCUAAGCCUGCUGCUAAGCCGAAAGCAAAGCCUGCUGCCAAGACCAAGGCGGUUGCUGCCAAGCCAAAGGCCGCUCCGGCUAAAGCUAAGCCUGCUGCCAACUCGAAAGCUGCGGCAGCGGCUAAGCCGAAGGCUGCGCCAAAGCCAAAGGUUGCAGCGAAGCCUGCUAAGGCUUCGAGAACCUCGACUAGGACUUCUCCAGGGAAGAGGGUGGCUGCGGCUCCCAAGCCAGCUCCGAAGAAAUCUCCGACUCCGAAGAAGGCGCCGGCUAAGAGUGUGAAGCCGAAGAGCUUAAAGUCACUGGCGAAGACGAAGGCGAAGGCAACGAAGACUUCUGCAAGGAAGGGAAGGAAGUGA